AUGAUCUCCCUUGAAGGCAUUGUCACCAGAUGCUCACUCAUCAGACCCAAGAUCGUCAAGAGCGUUCAUUACAACGAGGCGAAGAAUGUCUUUCAUUUCAGAGAAUACCAAGACCGGACCAUGACCGACGGCGCUUCUACUUCCAGCGUGUACCCUCAAGAGGAUGACGAGGGAAACCCUCUCAUUACCGAGUAUGGGUUCAGCAAAUACCGGGAUCACCAGACUAUUUCUGUUCAAGAAAUGCCCGAGCGCGCCCCCGCUGGGCAACUGCCCCGUGGAGUGGACGUUGUACUCGACGAUGAUCUGGUGGACAAGGUCAAGCCAGGAGACCGAGUGCAAUUGGUUGGCAUAUACAAGACUCUUGGCAACAGGAACACAAACCACAGCAGCGCUCUCUUCAAAACAGUCAUCCUCGCGAACAACGUUGUACUGCUGUCCUCCAAAUCAGGCGGCGGCAUAGCCACUGCCACCAUCACAGAUAUGGAUAUCCGGAAUAUCAACAAGAUUGCCAAGAAGAAGAAUCUCCUGGACUUGCUGUCGCAAUCCCUGGCCCCCAGCAUAUAUGGACAUGGUCAUAUCAAGAAGGCCAUUCUGUUGAUGCUGUUGGGUGGCAUGGAGAAAAAUCUUCCCAAUGGCACCCAUCUCAGGGGCGACAUCAAUAUUUUAAUGGUUGGCGAUCCAUCGACUGCCAAAUCUCAACUACUUCGAUUCGUUUUGAACACGGCCCCCCUGGCUAUUGCCACAACAGGCCGAGGCUCUUCUGGAGUUGGUCUUACUGCGGCUGUCACAUCAGACAAGGAGACAGGAGAGCGCCGGCUGGAGGCUGGCGCUAUGGUGAUGGCUGAUCGAGGCGUGGUCUGUAUCGAUGAGUUCGACAAAAUGUCUGACAUCGACAGGGUGGCUAUCCACGAAGUCAUGGAACAACAAACUGUUACCAUAGCAAAGGCAGGCAUCCACACGUCACUGAAUGCCAGGUGUAGCGUUAUAGCCGCGGCCAACCCCAUUUUUGGUCAGUAUGACACGCACAAGGACCCGCACAAGAACAUUGCGCUGCCUGACUCCCUUCUUUCACGCUUCGAUCUCCUCUUCGUAGUUACGGACGACAUUGAGGACACACGCGAUAGACAGGUUUCAGAACACGUUCUCCGCAUGCAUCGCUACCGGCAAGCGGGCACAGAAGAAGGCGCACCGGUGAGAGAAAACACGAGUCAGUCUCUUGGAGUCGCAGUCAACAACCAGACCGAGUCUCAACGUCAAACGGAUGUCUUCGAGAAGUUCGACGCCAUGCUCCAUGCAGGCGUCACUGUAACAUCGGGACGUGGUGCGAACAAGAAGCCAGAGGUUUUGAGUAUCCCCUUCAUGAAAAAAUACAUUCAAUACGCCAAAACACGAAUUCGUCCUUUACUCACGCAAGAGGCGAACGACCGUAUCGCAGACAUUUACGUCGGCCUCCGAAAUGAUGAUCUAGAAGGUAAUCAGCGCCGCACAAGUCCAUUGACGGUGCGAACUUUGGAGACGCUUGUUCGUCUUUCAACCGCGCAUGCAAAGUCACGCUUGUCAAACCGGAUUGACGAGCGCGACGUGGCUGCGGCCGAGUCCAUUUUGCGGUUUGCACUGUUCAAGGAGGUUGUUGAGGACGAGUCAAGAAAGAAGCGUAGAAAGACACAAAACACUCAGAUGUCCUCGAGCGAAAGUUCUUCGUCGGAAGAUGACGAUGACGACGCAUACAGGGGCGCCACAGCACGCACAUCUGUAUCCAGAUCUGGCCCUUCAACCCGUGGUGUUGCACGGCCUCGGAAAACCACGACUGCUCCUAAUCAGAUCAGUGGCACUGCAGAUGCGGAUGCAGAUGUUGACGACGGAGCCCGUGGCUCGACAUCUGAUGCGCAGGGUGCAGAACGCGAUCAAGACCAGGAUUUGAACCGAUUGCGCCAGUCGGCAGGAGCAUCACACAGUCGCGCAACGCGCACGCAAACAUCAUAUGCCUCGUCGGUACCAGAAUCACAGCUGCUAUCAACAUCGCAACAUGAGCCCGAGGAAGACGAGCUUGCAACAGGAGCUGCAACUCUAGCCAUCGCAGAUGAGCCCAUUACUGAUGAGCGCUUCAACACAUUCAGAACAACACUCGGACAGCUUCUCAACUCGGCUCUAUUCGAGGAUGACUCGGCAGGCUUGGACGCCAUCAUCCACGCUGUGAACGCAAAACUGCACUCGAGGAGUGGAGGUGCCUUUGACAAAGAAGAGGCUGUUAAGGCGCUGCGAAAGAUGGAUGACCUCAACCAGAUCAUACUGUUCGGCAGUGGGGUAAUGUUGACUAGGCAGCUGCGGUUGAUUUACGAUGGGUAA